CCCGCGCGACACCUCAGGCGAGGAAGGGCCGCUUCGCUUUACGGCAGCGCCCGCCGGCGGGAGGAGGAAGGAGCGCGGCCUUCCACGUGGGGCAGCGGCCAGAGCGCGGCGCCAUGAAGCGGCCCAAGCUGAAGAAAGCCAGCAAGAGGCUGACCUGCCACAAGCGCUACAAGAUCCAGAAGAAGAUCAGAGAACACCACCGAAAAGUCAGAAAGGAGGCCAAAAAACGUGGACGCAAAAAGCCCAAGAAAGAUCCCGGUGUUCCCAGUGCUGCACCAUUUAAGGAAGAGCUUCUACGGGAAGCGGAGCAAAGAAAGCAGAGGCUUGAAGAACUAAAACAAAAGCAGAAGCUCAACAGACAGAAAGAACAUGAAAAGAAGAGGAAGCUUGAAGCUAAAAAGAAUGCAGCCAAAGUCAAGGAAAAAGCAGAGGGAAAGGAAUCCUCUGGCAAAUCUAAAGCAAAGACUAACAAUCUGCUGGAUAAAAAUUCAAAGAAAUCAUUCUGCAGGGAGCUCAAGAAGGUAAUUGAGGCCUCAGAUGUGGUUCUAGAGGUUUUAGAUGCAAGAGAUCCAAUGGGCUGCCGGUGUCCUCAACUGGAGCAAGCUGUAACUUGCUCUGGAGGAGACAAAAAGCUACUGUUGGUUCUGAACAAAAUUGAUUUAGUGCCAAAGGAGAACUUGGAGAAAUGGUUGCAUUAUUUGAAGAAGGAGUUUCCAACGGUUGCUUUUAAAUCAGCAACACUGAUGAAGGACAGGACAAUGCAGGAACAGUUCAAAAAAAGACGUGCACGUGUUGACUUAUCAAGAACCACGGAAUGUUUUGGAAGCAAAUGCCUUUUGAAACUUCUUCAACAGCACAGGAAGACUCAAAACAAAGCCAUUCAGGUUGGGGUAGUAGGUUUCCCUAAUGUGGGAAAGAGCAGCAUAAUCAACAGUCUUAAAGGAGUUCGUGCUUGCAAUGUUGGCCUAGCAAGAGGUGUUACCAAGUCCAUGCAAAUUGUGCACAUUGAUAAACAGACAAAGAUGUUAGACAGUCCAAGUAUAAUUGCAGAUCCUUCCAACAGUGCACUGGCACUGGCCUUGAGAAGUAUCAUAGACACUGAAGAAUCAGACUCAGCAGAUGUGCUUGAAGGAGUAGAUGCCAUUCUAAAUCACUGCAGUAAACAGCAGGUAAUGAUGCACUACAGUAUCCCAGAUUUCAGGAACACUGAAGAGUUUUUGACUUUACUUGCUCAGAAAAGGGGUAUGCUGAAAAAGGGAGGUGUUCCUGACAUAGAGAAUAUAGCUAAAUUACUACUAUGUGACUGGACAGGAGCUAAAGUAAGCUACCACUCACAACCUCCAGUAUCUCAGAGACCACCACCAUAUCUUACAGAAGACAAAAUAGCUGAAAUGCAGGAGUGUUGGAAUUUAAAGAACCUAGAAGAAGAAAACACCACCACUGUUCAAGCUUUAAAAUACCCCAGUCCAGCAAGCAGCAUCAUUUUCCAGUCACCUGGUAUGGCAAAUGGGACAAUAGAGGAAAAUAAAGUGAUAGAGGAAGCAUCAGAGUGGGAAAACUUGGAAACAGGCAAGGAGGGGGAGGAAGAAGAAGAAGAGGAGGAUUUCACAGAAAGCAAUGAUGAUCAAGAUGAUGUGGAAGAAGAAAAAGAUGUCAAAGAGGAAACCAAAGUUCAGGUCACCAGGAAAGCAAAGCUUGGAAAACAACAAACAAGCCCUACAAAUUCAGAAAAGCGGAUAGCAGAAAGCGAACAUUCCAAUUCACUAUCACUCAGCUUGGAUAAGACAGCAGAUGAAGAUGAUGCCUAUGAUUUUAAUACAGACUAUGUGUAAUGAAUUAUGUCUGAAGACACUGUUUGGAGACUUAUUACUGGCUUUCAGAACAGUCCUGAAGACUUGUGUUGAAGCAGAAGUUGGAGGAAUGCUGCAUACCAGAGCUGCUGCAAAGAUUCACAAUUAUUGCUGUGUCAAAUAAUGUAUAUAAUAGUGUAUCUCCCUUGAUCGUUCCAGAUUUUAUACAAGUCUAGGAAACAGACUGUAUUCAGCUUUAAGUCCUAAACUUUAUUUCCUGUGUUAAAGCCUAUUUUAAAAAAUUCCUAAUGGACUGUGUUAGUUUGUUCACUUUGCCUUAUAAAAAGAUGUUUCAAAAGGAUAAACCCUUUGUCUUUUUCUUUGAAAAACAAUGGUAAAUGUUUAAUUCUAGUCAUGUUCAAGCAAUUGAAUUUCAAGGUAAGUUUUCAUCCUCCCUUCAUAAAAUUUAAUUGUUUUUUCCUAGAGGAUUAUAGAGAGUGUACCCCUAGAGCAUGACUUAAGUCAGUAACUUUUCAGUAUACUUUUGCAAAACUUGUAGAACUUUUGUAUGUAAAGGUUGGCUAGAACAAGCUACAUGCUUCAGCUAGACAUAAGGUAUUUUAUCUAAGUAAGUACUGCUUUCUACGUUCAGAACCUUCAUUGGGAAAGGUAACUAGCUUAUGGUAUUGGUAAUCUGUCUUUACUGCGGAACAAGCUUCUCAUUCUUAGAGUGCUUUUGAACAAAAGACAUAUUUCCUGAUGACAUCUAUUAUACAAGGCAACAACCGGUAACUGUAAAGCAAAAUGUUGCCCUGCGCGAUAAGGACGUGUUACUGCACUCAGCCUAUAGCAGAACUGGGGUAGCGAGAGAAUUACCAAGAGGCCCUGCAGCUGCUCAAUGAAUUAAGAAUUUAGAAUAAACACCUGACACCAAG